AUGGAUCUGAAUACAUUGUGGUUCAUCGUAAUCGUGCUGAUCUUUUCCCUGCUGUCGAUGUUGUUCAUUAGCCGCUUCCUACCGAACGGCAAAUCCUUCGAAGAGAUGCUGAAGGAGAAGCGGGAAAUGCGCGAGAAGAUCCUCGGUUUGACGUCACCGGCCCCGGCCGCGGCGCCGACCAAAUCGAACAAGGAGUCGGCCAACAAACGAACGAAAAAGACACACUCCACGGGUGGUAACGCUAAUCAGAACCAAAAGAAUCGUACCGCGAAGCAGCAGCAGCAGCAGCAACGCGUGGAGGUCCUCGAUCCGGAAAGUGACGGAAAUUCGUCCGAGAGCCCGCUCGAGGAAGAAAUCAACCCACUGACGUAUGGCGCGAAAAAGCGCGUCGGGCAGGCAACGAAUCUGACGGUUGAGUACGCCGAAACUGAACCGUUUCCGCUGAGCGACAAUGCCGGCAGCAACAAGAAGAAGGAUAACAAGCAACAGCAGAGUGGUAAGAAAAAUAAGCAAAAGUCCACCGGGGGCAUCUUGGUGAACAAGACCGAACCGGUGCUCGUGAAGUCCGUGGAGUCCGUUCCGGAGAUGAAUCACUUUGCCGAAAUUCACCCGAAAGAUGCAUUGGAAAUCGCUCGUCAACAGAAACACGAAGAAGAGGCGAAGAGUGGAAAACAUCAGCAACCGAAGGAACAACGCCAACAAAGUAAGAACAAAAAGGAACAUCAGUCGAAGCUGUCACCCAAGGGUACUGCGGCCGUUAAUGCUGCUGAGCAGCAGCAACAGCAUUCACCGGUGGCUGUUGUACACGUUGCUGAGGUGAAGAAACAAUCAAACGCUGAUAACAACAAGAUCGCCGCCGCAGCGUUGUCGGCGCAAAAGGACAAAGCAAACAAGCGGAAGAAAAAUGAAUUGAUCACGCAGGAACUGACCGCCGAGAUGGCCGACGUGGCCAACGUGCACUCGCUAGUGAACAUCCUCAAUAAAGCGGACCUGCCGCGUAACGACAUUCAGAUUUUGAUCGACUUUCUGCUGAACAAGCAGCAGGACACGCUGGCCAAGGAUCCGUCCGAAUGGAACGAUCCGUCCGAUCCGCUGCAGAAGCUGAAGAAGCAACUGCAAGAGAAGGAGACGGCCCUGCUCGAAGAGCAGCAGGCGGCUGCUGGGUUGCAGCUCAAGCUGAAAGAACUUCGACUGGAACUGAACAGCGAGAAGGUGCAAACCGGUGCCGCACUCAAAGGGUACGUCGAGGAGCUGCACAACAAAAAGCAUGAGGUGCUGCUUCUGACGCAGGAGCUGAACACGUUCAAGGAGAAGACGAUGAACGAAAAGCAAACGCUGUCGAUGCAGUUCCAGCAGCUGCAGGCAAAAUACAUUCAGCUCUCGAAGGAGCAUGCUUCGACGCAGGACCAUGGGUCAACGAUCGCACAGCUGAACAACGACCUGCAGCUGCUGCAGCAAAAGUUGAUGGCCAAAAGUCAGCUGCUGAACGAGAAACUACAGUCCGAAGAGGAGAUGAUGAAGAAAAAGACUGAGUACGAGAUUUUAUUACACAAUAAUGAUGAGCUCAUGAGACAGCGUGUUCAAGAGCUAACCGCCUAUGAGAACGAUCUGCGUCAGUUACGUCUGGAGCUUAGUCAAAAAGACGAGCUGAACCAAACAUGUCAGCAGCAGAGCUACGAGAUCGAGCAGCUCAAAGCGGAAUUGCAGGCGAAACAGAAGCAGGCAGUCGUGGCUGCCACUGCUGCGGCGGCCGCUGCCCACGCCAACAACCAGGUGGACGAAAGUAACCGGGUUGAGAUCCGCAACCUCCAGAAUGCCUUAGAUUCCACCAAAUCGAAGCUCGAGGUCUUCAGAAACGAGCUGGUCGAGUGUAAGAGCCAAAUGACGGACUACAAGCAACAGACGAACGAGCUGAAGGCGAAGGAGGAACAGCUACAGAAGCAGCUGGAAGAGCAAAGGCAAAAGAAUGACAGUCUGCGGACAAAGAACUGGAAGUUGGUUGAGGCUUUACAAGAUUCCGAGCGGCGGAGAGGCCAAAUGACGUCGGCGGGGGUGCCCGAGAAAGUUGAACAGCAGCAGAAGCUGGCCGCCACCAACGCAGAAAAGGUGGACGUCGGUAAGGUGAUUUUGGAGGAGCAGAACCGAACCAAGGAUCUGCUGGUGCAACUGCUGCAACCGACCGGUGUGGUGUCCGCCCUGCCCGUCGAUGCCACCGACUUCCAGAGCUGGCUCAUGGCGACUGUCGGAUGCAUCAAGGAGCGGUGCGACCAGCUGCAGCGAACGCACACCACUUCCAACACCAACAGUAGCAGCAGUACUAGCGGUGCGAGCGUCCCUGUGGCCGCGAACAGCCACCCAGAGCCAAGCUCUGGCACUGCCAACAGCAACAGCAACAGUGACAGCAGUAGGAGUAACAGUAGCAGCAAUAUAAUCGCUAAUAAUAAUCUUAAUACCAAUAACAGCGUUAAUAGUAGUUUACACGAAACAAGCCUAUUCGAGGAUGUCGUGGUGGUGGUCACGAACAAGAACGGCACCAGUGACAGUGGUUCCGAGGACGAACAGCAGGCGAUGGCACAGCGGUACGAGCAGAUGCAGAAAACCGUAGAUCAGUAUAAGACUAUCAUAGCCGAUACGGAAAACAUGCUGAAAAACCUAGAGGCGAAGGUCAUCGAGCAGGACGUCCACUGGCGUACGGUGGUGCAGGCGAAGGAUAAAGAGCUAAGCCUGCUCAAAUCGGCCGGUGCCGUCGGGCAGUAGGAAGUGUGCCCGGGGUUCGUCAUGCCCCGCGCAGAGUAGGGUGCUACUGCUAGUGAUGCACGUUUUUGUGUGUGUUGCAAACUGGCCCAGGGAAGGAAUAACGCAUCGUCGUACUAAAACGGGGACACUGAGUGCAAAAAAUUGAAGAAGAAAAACAAUGCAAAAAAAGAAACACAGAAACGAAACUAUAAGGUGGGGAUGAUGAAUGAUCUGCGAAUUUUAAGGAAUUAUGCGAUUUGAACGGGGUAAGCUACCAGGGGGAGGAAAAUUCUCUCUCCCUUCCUCAGGCGGAGCAAUCGAGCGAGAGAGACACGCACCAGUUAAACAAUAGGUAGGCCAUUAGUCGGGCAGGGCGCAGUGCAGAAGAGAACAGAAAAUGACUCAAAUACGACUGACGCGCAUGUAGAGAGUGGAAGCAGACCGCGUGAGCAAUAGGAUGAGGGUUUUAAACACCUUGCACGAAACGGGUGGGACCGUCGUCGUCGUCGUCGACGGCCCGGAAUCCGGCGAGGGCAAACGCAGGUGUUAGUCCUUUUGUGCAUUGUACGUCUUUUGUGUUUGUUUGAUUAUUGUUGUUUAGUUUUGUCCACGAUGCUCGCAUAGUUAACGUAACGGUACCACCCAUAACAAUACCGCAAUUGAUGGAGUUGCGAUACAGCGGAAUUAAAGCGAAAAAUCACAUCCUUGCGGGGAGUUAUUUAUGUAUACAAACACACAGACACACACACAAACUCGUAAACGUUCCCCAGAAUAUCUCUCCAUUCAAAUAUCGAUUUGAUAUUCUCUCUUUGGACAAUCCCAUCAUUACAGUGCCCCCGUGCACAUUAAGAAUCCUGAACACCUGAGUAUCACCAUCCCAUCCAAUCUAUGUGCUGUCUAAAGGAGUAGGACAUUUUUGGCGACAGAUAAAGAGAGAGAGAGAGGGAGAGAGAGCAAAGGGCACGAAAUGAGUGGAUGGUUUUGCAUUUCAUAGACAUGUCGAGAUCCUUUCCGGAUUGUAAUGUGUAUUCGUUUGUCUGAGUUCGGUUCCACAUUUAGCGUUCCAUUUACCCUAAACAUUGUGACUCAAUUUGAAACGGAACUUGUGUUUAAUGUAUUUACGCCUCUAAACGCGGUGAUAUAACAAUUAGCCUAAUCUAUGUUCUAUAAUAUGUAUUGGUGUAUCUCUUUUUUUUUUCUUUUGUGUAACACCUUCCCGUCUUUCCGUCAGAAUUGUUUCCGCUGUGCUCGGAAGCAUCAAUUGAAUCCUGAAAUCAUACGCCACGGGUGCGCGGGUGUUGUGAAGGACUCCAUUCACUCCCCAUGCACUGGUAUCGUAUCGUUCGAAGCGCAAUGCGAAUAGCUAUAACUCGACAGUUCGCUCAGCCCUGGAGCCAGCAUCAUCUUUGUCAAACUUUCAUUCAAAAGAUGCCGGUACUGGGACACGGGACACACGCGGCUUCCGGUGACCACUCCUCGGUGCACGUGUUUGAUCGGAACGAAAGAGCGUAACUGAAGACUCAAGUAGACGUGCGUGUAUGUAUGCAUGAAUGUGUAAUUGUGCGUGUGCGUGUGUAUGUCCUACAUUGAUAUCUGUGGCCAAUAGAUGUUUUACAAUCGUUUUGGGACAGUUGUGUAAAAUACAUUCUUCAAAGGGACUAACUUUUGGGUUUUGUUUUGCGUGAAGAAGUGAACGAACAAUUGCACGCCGUGGGCUGAAAAAAGGUUGCACGCAGUGGCCGGUAUUAGGUUACUCGACCUAGCACAAGCCUCUCGCGCUUUCUUUUAUCGGGCCUUUUGCGCAUUGUUGCACAUUUCGUGGGGUUGUGAUUGAAGAGCUUGCAUGUCACGCCUGCAUUGCAUCGAACCCCAAACACAUGCACAUUUACGCUCGUGUUCCACGUGCUUUGCGGUGCCAAGGAGCUCGGGAGUUAAUCAGAACCGGGUUCCCUUUUUUGGUUUGUCAUAAGCGCACCUCAGGAGCUUCAUGAUAUUUUUACUUAUUUUCUCAGCCCGUUCGAAUCAGGUUCAAGGUGGCCACCGGAAUCGAACCGAUGAAAGAGUACCCCGAGAGAGAGAGAGAGCACGGGCAAAAACUCCUAUACUGACAAGAGUGCAGCAAGGAGAUGCGUAAAGUAACGAAAAGUAAAACAUCCCUAACUAGUAAGUUAAUUCAUUCAUCGCAAAGGGGAGAGCAAUUUGCGCAUACUUUGUUUAUUAUUAUUAUUAUUAUUAUGAUUUUUUUUUUCGUGUCUAUCAAUGAUAGGCUAUUAUAUUAGAAACGAGUAUAAAGGAACACACGCAAAUAGUAAAGAAAGUAAUGUAAUAGGCUCAUAGUGAAAUGGCAUCAUCGCAGGCGGGUGGAUGGAUAUAACAAGUGUAACGUAGUCUCGGGGGAGGGGCCGAGAUGCAGAAGAAACCCAAUUAAUCUGAUAGCAGGGGGAAGAAAUAGAGUGAAGCUGAGUUGCGCUGAAUAGCGCUAGAACCGGGGCAGGAACAGGAAAACCACCCGAAGAGGGGACGAAGGAGUCGCACGUCACAAACGGCAAUAUAUUCACGUAGCGCAAACGGCGGUUUUGUUUCGUUCCAUUCCCCAUUCGCAAUCACAUUCGUUCUUCAUUUUAGUAUUUACAAACAAACAGCAAGCAAGGAAUGAAAAGAAACCAGAGCUAUACCGUUUUAGCAUAAUCUCUCACCCAAAUCUUUCCAGUCCAGCUUCCACUUUAAGGUAAAAUUAAGUAUACCCGUGUAUGCGCGUGUAAUAUGUUGGCUAGGGCAGCGAAGCGGAAUGUGGGGAAACCAUUAUUUAGCCCAGCAGAGAACCGGGAAAAGGCAAAAAAACUGUAACGACGAAUGAUCAGCAGCGGUGGAAGGAGGAACUGCGUUCAAAGAUCCUUCUUCCCUUUUAAACAAAUAAAGCAAAAACCACACCCCCGCUCUUCGUCGAGAUGAUCGCUGGCUCUGGGUGUGUAAGAAGGAAACCCCCGCCAACGCCGCCUGCCACCCCUCCCUUCCCUCCAAAAAGAACUCACCCCCAAAACACAAAAAUGUAACGGAAUGAUACGCAAGUGACAGUUAUAACGACAAGAAAAUUGGAAUAAAUGCAGAAUAAUAUAUGA